AUGAUUUCCAAGUCCUUGCCCGAAGUUGAACACUUCGUCCCUGUCCAACCCUCGAAACUUGUCAAGGACUUUGUCAAAUUGCGGACGGUGGACCUGAGCCGCUACGAAGAUGGUCCCGAAGCUCGCAAAGAACUGGCAGAAGAGGUGAGACUCGCCAUGACCACACAAGGGUUUUUCAUCCUCGUCAACCACGGUCUCAGCGAGGAGGAUAUCUCGCGCCAAGUCGAUAUUGGCCACACCAUUCUCGCUCGAACUCCAGAUGAGGAAAAGCAUCGGUUGAAAGCACCUAUCGUGGAGGAAGGUUCUUACCAUGGCUUCAAGCCUCGCGGGCACUGGAUCGCCAAGGGCAAUGUGCGUGACAAAGUUGAAAAUUUCAACGUGAACCGUGACAUGACCCUUCGAGAGCAGCCACUCACUAUGGAGCCCUACAAGCCCGAGAUUCAAUCCUUCAUUGACUACACCCACAAGGAGAUUCUGUACAAGCUCCUCCGUCUGUUUGCCAUUGCGUUGCAAAUUCCUGACGAGGACUAUUUUGUCAAGCUGCACGCCUAUGAGGGCCAUGACGAGACUUGGCUCCGAUACAUGGAAUAUUAUGACGAAUAUACCGAGGAGGAGAAAAAGGUGACAGGAGGCCUUUGGCUUAGUGGUCAUCAAGACUUUACAAGCCUGUCUAUCCUCUUCAGCCAGCCCAUGUCGUCUCUACAGGUCCGAGACUACGACAACAAUUCCGAGUGGACCUUCGUGCCGCACGUUCCCGGUGCAGUCAUUGUCAAUGCUGGAGAAAUAUUCAAGUGGUGGACCGGAGACUAUUUCAAGGCAGCAAUCCACAGAGUGGUUCAGCCUCCCGAAGAUCAGCGUGGACACAAUCGCUGCAGCGUCUUUUAUUUCUGUGUGCCUAACGACGAGGUCGUUAUCAACACUCUGCUUGAUGUGAGCCCGGUUUUGAGAGAGGCAGGGGUGCAAAUGGCCCACGAGCCACAGAAUGCUCCCACCAGCAAGGCAUGGAGCAACGGCCGGAUCAAGAUUACUGGCAGGAAUGCCGUCUGGGAGGGAAAGAAGGAUGGAGAAAAUAUGGUAGUGGAAAAGGUGGGCACCGUCGAGACAAGAUGGUUCCGAUGA